CGUACUGUCAUACUUAUCACACUUUGAGUAAAAGGUAUUCAUGAAACGAAAGCUAGGCUCCUUAUUUUUCUAAAAUAAAUUACAAUUAAAUAAAUAGUAAAUUUAAGUGCAUGAUAAGAUAACUGAGGUUAACAACAAUACAAAGAAAUCGGCCAAUAAGCUUUUAGUCAUUAUUACUAUACGUUACAUAACAGGAUCAGCCACAGAUUCGUUGACCCGAUCAUAACAUUGUUAAGAACAGUUCGGCAAUAAAAUUACAUACUUUUCAACAGUCUAUACGGAAAAUAGAAUUUUAAAAACAUUAAACUCUUCAGUGCGGGAAAUGAAUAUGCAUUUUCAUUGAGCCACGCAAAUAGACGUUCAUCGGGGCGUAAACAACCAGGCGUUGCUAAAUGAAGAAUAAACAAAGGUACACUUAAAUACUGAUAAGAUAACAUAAAAGUGGAACUAACAGUUGGCGUACAAGCGGAACCAUUCCACGUUAGCAUCAGCAUUCAUCAGUAACGAUUCAAAAUGCUUCGUUUGAGCAGAAACUUGUUACCGAUCCUUCCGCGAGAGCAACGAACGGUGGCAGCACUUCGGGUAAGAAAAUCAAGUUCCGGACGCAAAGAUGAUGGCUAUAAACCAAAUCACGUUGAAGCCAAUACAGAGAAUCCUGUGUCACGAACAGUCAAAAUCCUUGGCAAUGAUAUAAAGAGAGCCGCGAAUUUUUUUUUGCCUGGUAAGAAAACUUCGGAAAAGGAAGAUAACUAUCUGGAGCGUUAUCGCAGGGAAGAAUAUCAGAGUCAGUGUGACGUGCUCAUCAUUGGUGGAGGUGGCGUUGGAUCGUCCAUUGCGUACUGGUUGAAGAAACGGGCUCGAGCCGGAUUGAAUGUUGUGGUGGUGGAAAAGGAUGCCACUUAUCAGAAAGCUUCCACGUGCUUGUCUGUCGGUGGUUUAAGGCAACAGUUUUCCGUCGUCGAAAACAUCCAAAUGAGUCUAUACGGUGCGGAUUUCUUAAGGAACGUAAAGGAUCACUUGGGGAAUGAUGUUGCUGUGAAUUUCACACCUUUUGGCUAUCUGAUGUUGGCCUCGGAGCAGGGAGCCGAACAGCUGCAAGAAAAUUCCAAAUUACAAAAUACGUUGGGUGCAAAAAAUGAAAUUUUAACGGCGUCGCGCCUUAAGGAACGAUUUCCCUGGAUCAACACCGAAGGCAUAGCUGUUGGGUGUCAUGGGUUGGAAAAGGAGGGGUGGUUCGACCCAUGGGCAUUGCUGUGGGGAUUUAAGAAGCGUGCAAUCGAGUAUGGCGCCCACUAUACGGAAGCUGAGCUGGUAGGAUUUGAAUUUCAAAAAAAUCCUCAUAUUCUUGCCGAGGGAAUCAGGCCUGGAGAAUAUGAGGGAACCGAUAGAGCAUACCUGAAAAUGAAGAACGGUGAAAUUCGGGAUGUAAAAUUUUCCAUUGUGAUAAUUGCAGCCGGGGCUCAGUCCGGAGAGGUAGCAAAAUUAGCACGAAUCGGCACCGGAAAGGGGAUGCUAUCGAUACCGCUCCCGGUGGAACCCAGGAAGCGCUUCGUUUAUGUGUUCCAGUGCGAGAAUGAUCGUGGACCGGGAAUAAAUACACCCCUUACGAUCGACCCCACCGGUACCUACUUCCGCCGGGACGGAUUGGGUGGAAAUUACCUUGCCGGUAAGAGCCCUUUACCGUCAGAGGAACCUUCGGUGGAUAAUUUGGACGUGGAUCAUUCCUACUUCGACAACAGUGUGUGGCCGAAUCUGGCGAAGUUGGUGCCAAAUUUCGAAGCAGUCAAAGUGAAGAGCGCUUGGGCAGGGUUUUAUGAGUACAAUACGUUCGACGAGAAUGGGAUUAUUGGACCCCAUCCGUACUAUAAUAACAUGUACAUCGCGACAGGAUUCAGUGGACACGGCAUUCAACAAACACCAGCAGUUGGACGAGCGAUUUCUGAGAUGAUCAUCGAUGGCGACUUUAGGACGAUUGAUCUAACGAGGUUCGGUUUUGACCGAAUACUAGUAGAUCAGCCCCUUUUCGAAGCGAACAUUGUGUGAUAUUGUUGAGAAAUAAAAUGAUUAACUCUAA